AUGGAGAACGUCCGCGCGUAUGGCGCUGGACUAGCAGGUGCCAACUUUGACAAAAACACGUUCUUCAAAAAACCAACAGUGCUAUUCCGUUGUGCAGCGUUGGUAUUCGGGCUCAUACUUUGGUAUUCAGUGUCAAAAGGUGGUUGGCACAAACCGAGCGAAGGCAUUCAUCCGGUGUGCCUCUACGGACGAAGCUCGUCAACAUGCUCGUUUGCCACCGCGGUCGGCUUUUUCGCUGUGUGUGGAGCCGCAGGAUUGAUUGUGCUCGACGCGAAAAUGGACCAAAUUAGCUCAAUUCCCACUAGGCGACGAGCGGUUCUAGCGGAUUUAGUCGUAUCAGCUAUUUUCACUGGAAUCUUUCUUAUCGGUUUCUUCACUUUCUGGUCCAAAUUAUCUUCCUUCGAGACCGACGAAGACGACGAAAAUCCAAUAAAGACUAACAACGCGAAAUUCGGAAUUCUCAGUGCUCUUCUCUCCUUUUUGGCAUGGGGAGGAGCCGCUUUCUUUGCGUGGCGCCGUUACGAAGAAGGAAACCAGGCUACCCAUGAGCCAAACUACGACGAACAGUUCGGUCAAGUUUCUAGUGAUGUUCAAGAAGGAUAUGGAUACGGAGGAGACUCUUCAGGAAUUGGCCACGUCGGAGCUGCACCAGCACAACAGUCGUCCUACCAAUCUGGAGCACCACCACAGACCAUGCAACAGCCACCAGCCAACCCGUACACUCAAUCCGAGGGAUAUGGUUAUUAA